AUGGAAAGCAGAAGUCGUAGCAAGAGAAGACCAGUUUUCAGUGACUAUGGCUUCACUGAUAAAGUUCUUUCUUGGACUCUUGACGACAUUCUUAAUCCAAAUCGUUUCAAGGACCAUGUGGAAAAAAUUCCAAAAUCAUUUCAAUCUAGGAAUCAGUAUUUUCGGUCAUAUGAUUUUCCUCUACUGGAAGAAACGCGAGCUCAACUGCAUUCAGGCAUGAACAUUAUCUCAAGAACACCUUUUGCCAAACUUGUCUCUUUAAAGAAAUCCAAGCCUUAUGAAAAAAAGUUGUAUGAACUUAAGAUUGAUUACUGGCGGAACAGCACGAACCGCGGAAAGGAGGCUUAUAAAACAUUGCCGGGGGAUGUUUUAGUUCUAGCAGAUGCUAAGCCUGUAACUGCUUCUGAUUUGCAAGGGGUCGGAAGGAUGUGGACUUUUGUAUCCGUCACAAAAAUAUCUGGCAGUGGUAGUACUAUUUCUUUAAAAAUCCAAGCCUCGAAAGACAUUGAAGUAGAAGAUGAGAAGACUAAAUCAUUGUUUAUAAUUUUCUUGACGAACAUAACUCCGAACAAAAGAAUAUGGAGCUCAUUGCAUAUGUCUCAGAAUUCAAAGAUUAUCGACAAAGUUUUAUGUCGUCAAACAAUAGUUGAGGAAAAUUGUGAACUAUGCUCUCAGCACAAUGGAGGUGUCUGUGCUCAGAAAUUCGGUUCUAAUUUAUCAUCUACCUUGAAUGAUUCUCAAGUAAAGGCUGUCUUUGCUUGUCUUCGUAGGAUCAAUUGUAACCACAAGGCCAGCAUUGAGCUUAUAUGGGGACCCCCAGGGACGGGAAAAACUAAAACUGUUAGUAUGCUGCUUUUUAGGCUCUUAAGAAUGAAAUGCAGAACCCUUGUUUGCGCUCCAACAAAUAUUGCAAUUACAGAAGUGGCGUCGCGUGUUGUGAAGUUGGUGAAAGAAUCAUCUGAAGCAGAUACUGGAAGAGCAACUCUGUUUCGUCCUUUGGGAGAUAUGCUCUUAUUUGGGAAUAAGAAGAGACUUAAUGUUGGUGCAGAAAUUGAAGAGAUAUACUUGGACUACCGUAUUGAAAGGCUUGUCGAGUGCUUGGGACUGGUAACAGGUUGGAGACGUUGCUUCACUUCCAUGACAGAAUUUUUAGAAGGUUGUGUUUCUCAGUAUCAAACUUUUCUGGAAAAUGAAAAUAAAAAAAAGGGGAAAAAAUGCAAGAAAAAAACUGAAGGCAGCAAGAAGUGCAAGUCAUUUCUUCGUUUGUCAGAGACAGAUUUAGCAAUUUGGUUUGAAGAACUGAAGGAGCUUUUUUCACAUCACUGGCUCUUUGAUUUUUUGCACUGCUUCAAGUUCACAUUUGCUGCACUACAUGGUAAAGGAACCGCUGAGCUUUCUGGUAUUGAUGAAGCGGCGCAGUUGAAAGAAAGUGAGUCAAUUAUGCCUAUGCAACUCCCUGGUAUAAAGCAUGCUGUUCUAAUCGGCGACGAACAGCAAUUACCUGCAACAGUCGAAAGCAAUGUUUCUGACGAAGCUGGUUUUGGUAUAAGUUUAUUUGAAAGGUUGAGCUCAUUAGGACACCCAAAACACCUGCUCAAUACACAAUACAGAAUGCAUCCAUCAAUUAGCUCUUUUGCAAAUUCGUAUUUCUAUCAAAAUCAAAUCUUAAAUGGUCCAAAUGUUAAAAGAAAAGUCUACAAGAAACAGUAUUUACCAGGGAAAAUGUUUGGUUCCUAUUCAUUCAUUAAUGUAGUUGGGGGAAGAGAAGAGUUCGACGACAUUGGCCAUAGCCGUAGAAAUAUGGUUGAGGUAUCUGUAGUGCUGGAAAUACUGCAGAAAUUGUACAAAGCUUGGGCUCGCUCAAAACUGAAGCUUAGCAUUGGUAUCGUGUCUCCCUAUAAUGCUCAAGUAUUUGCUAUUCAAGAAAAACUUGGACGUAAUUAUGAGAACAGAGAUGGAUUUUGUGUAAAAGUGAAGUCAAUUGAUGGGUUCCAGGGUGGGGAGGAGGACAUUAUAAUAAUAUCCACUGUAAGAUCGAACAGUGGCGGAUCGAUUGGGUUCAUGUCCAAGCCACAGAGGACUAAUGUUGCGGUUACAAGGGCGAGGCACUGUCUUUGGAUUUUGGGGAAUGAAACAACCUUGACUAGAAGCGAAUCUGUUUGGGAAUCCUUAGUCCUUGAUGCUAAGCAUCGUAAGUGUUUCUUUCAUGCUGAUGAAGAUAAAGAUUUGGCUAAGGCAAUAUUAGAGUUCAAGAACGAAUCUGAUGAAUUGCUUAACGUGGGAAAUAUACUUACCAGAAAUCAGAGGUGGAAGGUUAUUGCUGACAGGAGAUGAUUUUGCUGAGCUUGAAAGAUUGAAAAGGGUCCUUACCCCUGAAUGUGAGAUCAAAGACUUGGGUACACUGAAGUACUUCCUUGGUAUGGAAUUUGCUAGGUCUAAGUUAGGGAUAUUUAUUUCUCAACAGAAAUAUGUGCUUGACUUGCCGGGAGAAACAAAUUUGCUAGGUUGUAAAGUGGCUGAGACACCCAUAGAAUCCAACGUGAAAAUGCAACCUGCCAAGCCUGAAUAAGUAAUUGACAAAGAAAAGUUUCAAUGGCUGGUUAGUAGACUGAUUUACCUUUUACGCACUCGUCCUUAUAUAGAUUUUGCAGGUGGCGUGGUAAGUCAGUUUAUGCACUCACCCGGAAAGGAACACUUUGAUGUUGUUUAUAGAAUGCUGACAUACCUAAAAGGAAUUCCAGGAAAAGGUCUUCUAUUUGAAAAUUGUGGGCAUCUUCAAGUUGAAGCUUACAUAGAUGCAGAUUGGGCUGGGAGUAAAAUAGAUAGACGAUAACUUCUGUG